GCAGGCAUAUAUCAUAUGGAUAAACGAAAUGAAACAAAGUCUACGAUGGAACUGGUCAAUAUACCGCCUAUUGUGUCCACAUACCGACACGCUCUCCACACGUUCGAUGACAGAUUCAAAAACGAUCUUUCAGUCAACUUGAACAAACUGAAGUUUAUGAUGGAUUCGCUGAAAUCUGCAGACUUAGGCUUCGAUAAAACUGUAAAGAUGUUGGUAUGGAAUAAGCCAAACAAAGCGCCAUGUACGUACAUAGAAGUAUUCCAAAACACUAGUAUUAACAUGAGUAUAUUCGUACUUAGACCCGGCUUUAAAAUGCCGUUGCACGACCACCCGCAUAUGCAUGGCCUGUUAAAAGUGAUAUCAGGCGCGGUCCACAUUACAAGUUACACGGAAUAUCCUGUGAAAGAACUGAUGAAAGCUGUCGACGCUGCGACUCGGGCUAAGAUCGAGGCCAAACGCCUGGCGCAAGGUCAACACAAGCGUAGAAAGCUAUUUGCCGAAAUAACAACUAGCAAAUUAUGCCGAGAUACCACUUCCACUUGUAUCUUGACACCAACAGUUUCAAACUACCAUGAAAUUCAGGCUCUAGAUACACCGGCAGCAUUUUUUGACAUUCUAUCACCACCGUACGACACGCUGCUACAAGGUAUUGGUCCACGGAGAUGCCGCUACUAUAGAGUAAUAAAUGAAAUAAGCACUAAUCUAGUUGAAAUGGAAGAAACUGACGUGCCAGAGUGUUUUUUUUGUGACCAAGCACCAUAUUUAGGUCCGCAGCUGGCUUAAGAACCAUUAUUAGACGUUUUAUUGAAUUACUGAGUUGAAUGAAAUUAAUUUAUUUUAAAUCGUGAAUUUAAACUCUUGGCUGUAUAAAUUAUUAAUCUGCCUGCACCUGUCUAAUCUGUUUUCAGAAUGGAAAAAGAUUUAGUGCAAAUUAUUUUGUCCAUAGUAGGACAGUGAUAUUAUACUUAUCAUUAUAAACCACCUCAAGUUACGUACUAGUUACCAUUAAGUUAGUUUUGAGGCCACAUUAUUCUAGAAGGAUAUUUUUGGCUCAAAAUUUUAAAAGUAUAACAAAUCUGUUGACUUAAACAAGUUAAAUUAUCUGCUAGUGGUAAAAGGUGGAUAUUAUAAGAAGUCCAGGAUAUGAAAAGGUAAGCUGCAACUACAACAGAUUUUUCCAUUUAAUACCUGCGACUAAGUAGAGAUCAAAUUUCUUAGAUAAUCCAAAUGGAAUUGUGCUAUAUGGAUCCAUAACCACUUAUUUUUCAGUGGUAAAUGUCCAAUUUUUUUAAUUUUCUUGUUCUGUUUUCAAAUUAGUAAGUCCAUUUUUAAACUCAUCAUGAGAUAAAAGGCUGUACUCAAAUUUUCCUUAAAAUUUGCUUAUUUUAU